AUGGCCACGGCAGUGCUACAUAUUCUUUUGCACACAUUAUUGCUUGCAGCUCUUCUAUUGAGUUGCCAUGGCCAGGAAAGGAAGGUUCACAUUGUAUACAUGGGAGACAAGAUUCAAGGAGAUUUUUCUGCCGCAUCAUCGCACCAUUCCAUGCUAGAGAGUGUACUUGGAAGUGCUUCGACAGCAAAAGAGUCACUACUCUAUAGUUAUGGGAAGAGUUUUAAUGGAUUUGCAGCUAAAUUAACUGAUGAAGAAGUUGAAAAAUUCUCAGAAAUGGAAGGUGUGAUUUCAGUACUUCCAAACCACAGACUAAAUCUUCACACUACAAGGUCAUGGGACUUCAUGGGUUUCCCAUCCAAAGGCAAAGUUGGAAGCCCUCAAGAAGGAGAUGUCAUUAUUGGGCUUCUUGACACAGGAAUCUGGCCAGAAUCUGAUAGCUUCAACGAUGAAGGGCUCGGCUCUCCACCUAGUAAAUGGAAGGGUAAAUGCCAAGGAGCCAACUUCACCUGCAACAACAAAAUCAUUGGAGCCCGUUACUACAACAGUGAAGGAGACUAUGACAUAAUAGACAUCAAAUCCCCAAGGAAUUCCGAGGAUCAUGGAACCCAUACAUCCUCAACAGCUGCAGGGAGGGAGGUAGCUGGAGCCAGCUACUUUGGGCUAGCUGAAGGAACUGCAAGAGGUGGAGUUCCUGGUGCAAGGACUGCAAUGUACAAAGUCUGCUGGUCAUCUGGAUGUUACUCAGCAGACGUCCUAGCAGCAUUUGACGAUGCAAUAGCAGAUGGAGUUGACAUUAUUUCCGUUUCCAUUGGUUUUGGCGGGUUUUCACCAUACUUUGAAGACCCAUUGGCUAUUGGGUCUUUCCAUGCCAUGAAAAAUGGCAUCUUGACCUCAGCUUCUGCUGGAAACUCAGGACCUUUCCCAUUAUCCAUUGCUAAUCAUGCACCUUGGAUAUUAACUGUUGCUGCAAGCACCAUUGACAGAAAAUUUGUUGCUCAAGUUGUGCUUGGCAGUGGACAAGCCUUUACUGGUCUCUCCAUUAAUAGCUUCAACCUCAAUGGAACAUCAUUUCCCUUGAUUAGUGUUGAAGAUGGCCUUAAAAUUUUAAACUACAUCAGAUCAACAAAAUUUCCGAUUGCCACUAUUCUGGUUGGUGAGACAUGGAAGGAUGUCAUGGCACCUUAUGUUGUAUCAUUUUCAUCUAGGGGACCCAACCCUAUCGCCCCAGACAUUCUCAAGCCUGAUCUCACAGCCCCUGGAGUAGAUAUUCUUGCUGCUUGGUCUCCUGUGGCUCCACCUUCCGUGGACCAGGACGACACUAGGAGUGUCAAAUUCAACAUAAUUUCUGGGACAUCAAUGUCUUGCCCUCACACAAGUGGUGCAGCUAACUAUGUUAAGGCUGCCCAUCCGAACUGGUCACCUGCUGCCAUUAAAUCUGCCCUUAUGACCACAGUUUAUAUUGUGGACCCCAAGAAGCAUGAAGACCUUGAAUUUGCUUAUGGAUCCGGUCACAUCAACCCAUUGCAAGCAGUAGACCCUGGGCUCGUCUAUGAUGCAUAUGAGGCAGACUACAUAAACUUUCUGUGCAUGCAAGGCUACAAUACCACCACGUUAAGACUCGUCAACGGAGACAAGAGCAGCUUUUGCAAUACCUCAAAGCCUGGAAGAGCAUGGAACCUUCGCAUUGUUGAUCUAUAA